AUGGGAGCAUGGGCAGACGAGUUAGCCUCGGUCCUCUGGUUCUAUCACACAACUCAACAGUCAUCUACCAGGAAGACGCCCUUCCGGCUCACCUAUGGGGUGGACGCGAUAAUUCAUGUGGAAAUUGGGGAACCGAGCCCACGACUACUUUUGGGAGGAGCCGAAGAAGCCGUAGAAAAGGACUUAGUGGAUGAAACUAGAGAGAUGACCCACUUGUCAGAGACGGCGAUGAAACAAAGGAUGGCCCUACGUUACAACGCCAAGGUACUCAAAAGAGAUUUUGAGCCCAGCAACCUAGUCUUACGACGCAACGACGUCGGACUCCCGACACCAGGGGAAGAAAAGUUGGCGACAAAUUGGGAAGGUCCAUACAGGGUGAAGGAGGUGCUCGGCAACGGUGCCUAUAAGUUGGAAUGA